ACGUAAAACUAAAUUUAUAAAAUGGCGGAUAUCUGCGAGUGACGUAUAAGUUGUUUAUGAUUAUCAAUAAUUUUCAAGUGUUGUGACUAGUAAUGAAUUAAGACUUAAGAGAAAUUGUUAUAUCGUGAGCUAUUAACAAGGAUUUUUGAUAAUGUGGUGCCCGUGAAGGGAGGUGCCAACCUUCUCCAGUUAUGAAUUCGGACGUGCACCGUCAUCAGGCGCAUCCGCCGCUGGCACAGCACGGUCCUUGCGGUUGGUAUUCGGCGUCCGCGACUCCGGCACCCACCGCGCCCGCGCGCCUCAAGCGAGCGCAGCCCCCGCACCAACUACCGUCCGGCGCAGGAGUCAGCGGAAGCAAUGGUCCUCAUGCGCCGCUCUCGCCAACAGCUUUACAAAACUCCGUUUCACCACAUAAUAACGUGAUGUCGUCGUCGGCGCGCGCGCCCGCGCCCGCCGCCAUGCACGCGUCGCAGACCUGCGUAUUCCGUUUUACAUCCGCAGUACCUAAAGGCACGAGUGACGUUCUCGUGAACUCCUCGGCUCAGAACCCACCGGCAGCUAACAGACUCGUUAACAUGACACAGUGGCCCUGGCACCACGGUGCGAUAUCCAGGGAGCGCGCGGAGGCACUGCUGUCGGGCUCGCCGGACGGAGUGUUCCUGGUGCGCGAGAGCACCAACUUCCCCGGCGACCACACGCUGUGCGUGCGCUUCCGCGGCCGCGUCGAGCACUACCGAGUAAAAUGGGCGACAGCACCUGACAGUCAAAAUCAACGUCUGACUAUAGAUGACGAAGAGUUCUUUGACAACAUGCCAGAUCUAAUUCAGCACUACUUAAAAGAUGCCGAUGGACUUUGUACAAAAUUAGAAAGAUGGCUGCCAAAAUCCUCUCCAAAUGGUGCCAAUAAUAACAAUGUGCUUCAACCACCUUUUUCGCCUCUACCACAGCAGCCGCCGCCCUACCCGCCCACGCCGAGUGUGACGAGCGUGGCCAGCGUGCCGGGCUCCGCGGGCGCGCCCUUCUCGCACCCCUUCCCGAACCUCCCCGCCGACCAGACCGACGGCGCGCAGAAAUUCGUCGACGCGCGUUGGUUAAUAGCUGAACGAGAUUUAGAAAUUCGAGAAAACAUAGGCAAAGGCGAAUUCGGUGAUGUAAUGCUGGGUAUUCUAAAUGGCACGCAAAAGGUAGCUGUGAAGAUUCUGAAGGACAAAGAGGCCGCUAGCAAAUUCCGCGCAGAGGCGAGCGUUAUGGCGUCGCUGAAGCACGAGAACCUGGUGCGCCUGCUGGGCUGCGUGGUGUUCAGCUCCAACGGCAGCACCUGCAUCAUCACGGAGCACUGCGCGCAGGGCUCGCUGCUCGACUACCUGCGCUCGCGCGGCCGCCACUACGUCACGCAGCUCAACCAGAUCAACUUCGCCUAUGACGCGUGCUGCGGCAUGGAGUACCUGGAGCGGCAGCGCGUGGUGCACCGCGACCUGGCGGCGCGCAACGUGCUCAUCUCGGCGGAGGGCACGGCCAAGGUGGCGGACUUCGGCCUGGCGCGCCAGGACGCCGCGCCCGACGACCCGGCCGACGCGCUGCGCGUGCAGGCCAAGCUGCCCAUCAAGUGGACCGCGCCCGAGGCGCUCAAGUACAACAAAUUUUCAAACAAGUCUGACAUGUGGAGCUUCGGAAUACUCCUGUGGGAAAUAUACUCGUUCGGGAGAGUGCCAUAUCCGAGAAUCCCGCUGGCGGAGGUGGUGCGGCACGUGGAGCGCGGCUACCGCAUGGAGGCGCCCGAGGGCUGCCCGGCCGGGCCCUACGAGCUCAUGCGCGCCGCCUGGCACGCCGACCCGGCGCAGCGGCCCAGCUUCGCGCACACGCGCCUGCGCCUCGCCGCCAUCCGCGACCUGGCGCACCAGCACGCGCAGUGAAUGCAGUCGUAAAAACAGUGAAAAUUUACAUUGAACAUUAUUACACAAUUAGCCGCUGUGAAAGGGCAAGCUUAUUUUGUUAUACGAUGAUUUUAUUCUCUUGUGUGAGUACUAAAUUAUUUUGAUAAAGUAUAAAGACUUCUCUCAAGCUUAAGAAGUAAUCGUAACGCAAAUAUAGUAAAAAUGGAUGUGUUAGAGAAGAGACUUUUAUCUGAAGUUGUGUAUUUUUGCUCUCGCGGGGCUUUUAGUGGCCUUCCAGUAACAUAUACUGUAUCUAUAAGGACUAGGAUAGAUGUCUGGCUUUCUAUCUCAAAAUAUAUUUUAAAUUAUGCACAAACUCUACAGAGCACAAUAUUCUCGGCCGCGGUGAUAAUUUUUAUAAAUUGACAAAUGAAAUUUUAACUUUUGAUAAUUUCCGUAUUAACAAUAAUUUAGGAUAUAUUUUCAUGAAACUGUAAACCUAUAAACAAUAGGAAAAGUUGAUGUAACAUUGUGAUAACAUUUUUAUUAAAUUAUUUUUAGUACGUA